AUGGAGGCAACUGUCACAAACAAACGUUUGCAUAUUAUCCUCCGACAUCCAAUGCAACUCUGUCGUAGAGCCGGCCUUUUCCCCGUAGAGGGCUUAGAUAAGGAAACUAUUACCAAGUUAAGAUUCAAUAUGAGCACGGUUUAUGCUUUGUAUCACGUCGCAACGCUAGUUUCUCAGAUGACAUUAGCAUGUUUAAGCAUUUAUUAUUUCUUCAAAAACGAUCUUAGGCUUGAUAACUUAAAAAAUCUUUUAUUUUACAUAACCGGUUUGAUAUCCGCGUUUCUUCUAUUGAAACUGGCGAAAAAUUGGCCACGACUCAUAAGGCGAGCUAGUCACAUCGAGCAGCUUGUUGCUGAGGUUCAACAGGACACGAGCAAGGGCUGGAAACAGGAUAAAAUUGUUUAUGGUGUGAUGCUAUUUGCAUUAUUGGAACAUAUUCUAUCAAUAACAUUCCAAAUGAAACUCGUUAUGCAUUGUAACCACGAUUUCAAGAUUGAUCUUAAUUUAAUAAAGAAUUAUUUUAUAAGAACGACACCUGUCGUUUUUGGUAUAACAACAUACACGGAAUGGAAGGCAAUUUUGUACGAGAUUGCGAAUUUACAAGCUACUUUCCUUUGGAAUAUUACCGACGCCAUCACAAUGUGUACUAGCUUGUACCUCGCUUCAUAUUUUCAAGAUUUAAACAAACUCAUCGAACGACAGGAAAAACAGAAUGCUGUCAACUGGAAAGAGAUACGGGUGUUUUAUUCGUAUUUGGUGGAACUCGUGAACGCAGUGGACGAAAACAUGUGCUACUUGAUUCUGAUGUCGUUCUUCACUAACCUUUUUUUUAUUUGCAUCCAAUUAUAUUAUUUGACAAAGGUAUUUGACAGUUGGGAACAUACGCUGUACUACGCGUUUUCUUUCAUUUUCUUAUUUACCAGAGCAAGCGUCACGUCACUAUUGGCUGCGAAUAUUAAUACUCUCGCCCAACAACCGUUGAUCGUUUUGCAAAACGUUUCGCCAUCGGAAUAUACUAUUGACGUGCAGAGAUUCAUCCGUCAAAUCCGUUACACAACAACAGCAUUAAGUGGAUUAUUCUUUUACGUAACCAGAGGAAUGAUUAUCACGGUAUCUUAUUCUUAA